UAUAAGGGGGAGGAACCUUUGUUCCUGUGUUGUGUCCCUACCCGGACCCGGUUUGCAGUCACACCGUUGUCAUUGGAUGCAGCUUCAGUUUCUCGGCAGCACGAUGCUAACGAUGCUAACAGCAGCUGUCAGAGGAAACAAACAAACGUCACAGUUUAUGUUUAUUGUUUUUUGGCGUGUUAACCCCCUGGUUCAGUGACGUCAUCACGGCGGUAAACUGCAGCUGCGUGUUUUUUUGUUUUUUGUUUUUAUCAGGAGCUAACAGAAGCUAACAGCAGUUAGCAUCAGGAUUAGCCGUGUCAGCAGUCUGUUAGCUGAGCGGCUAACAGCCGUUAGCUCCCCUCCGGUGCGUUUUUUUCACAUUCCGGUAGUUUAGUUACCGGCGGACCCGCUGAAUGUACGGGAGCCGACAGGGACACAGCAGGAGGAAGCAGGUUCUGCUGAAGGAUUAGAUGAACAGCUGGACUCGUCAGGUGACCUGGACCUGGACCUGAGGCUCCUCAGCAGACAUUUCUCCUGUCACCAUGACGACUGAUCUGACAUGUCGGAUGUUGAUCCAGCUGCUGUAGAGGACCAGACGGCUGCCGAGGGUCCUCCCGGUCCUCGCCGCCCCCCUCUGGCGGGAAAGGCGCUGUCGGAGGCGUUCGGCCGGCUGCGGUACCGGGACACGUCCCUGCUGAUCUGGCAGCAGCAGCAGCAGGAGCUGCAGGCGGCGCCGCCCUCCACCUACCUGAGCCGCAGUCAGUCUGCGUGGUACAGCAGCUUCGGGAACCAGGCCGUGCUGGUCCGGGACAAGAAGGGCCUGGAGGACGCAGAGGGACGCUCCCGGAUCUGCAGCGUCAUGUAGACCAGAACCGGAGACAUGGAUACAAAGAGACGUUUCUGUCGAGUCUCUACAGAGAACUGAAGGACAGCGGCAUCAGUGUGAUUUUAGACAGCAUGCCGGCACCACGGAAACCAAAGAGGUUUAACACAACAGCGUGAGCCUCGAGUGUAACAUGUGACAUACGUGUCAGCAGCUGUUUGUCAACAAUAACAAUGACAUCACAUGUCAAUAACGUCAUAGAUCAUCUCUGAUCGGAGGGGGCGGAGCUGCUGGAGCUCACUGCUUUCACUGUCUGAGGAAAAAGUGACUAUUUCUUCCUUCAUGAAAUGUUUUGGGAUUUGUUUUUCCUGUAAAUUUUUGGGUGUUUUUUUUUUAAGAGGACAUUU